GAAAUUCCUCGCUGCUGUGUUUGGCAGACCUCCAAUCAGUUUGAGAGCAGCUAUCAGCCAUGGCAGACACGCUGUCCCAAAUCCCAGACGUGGAGAUCGAUCCCGAGGGAACAUUCAAGUACAUAUUGGUGAAAGUGAAAGUAAAAGAUGGCGAUGCGCAUAAAGACAUCGUGCGAGGCACGAAAAGCGCAGAGUACCACAAUCACAUAUUUGAGAAGGUCAGCCCAGCUCUGGAGACCUUGGGGAUGGAGUGUAAAUGCCUUGGAGGAGGGAAGAUAGAGCACAAGAGCAAGGAGAAGAAAAUCAGGGUGUUUGGGGAGUCGACUGCCUUUGGAAAAGCAGACCACGCUGCAUCAGUGGAGAAGCUGAAGGCAGUCUACUGCGACUAUCACAUUACUUGGUCAGAUGACAAGAAAUAAGGGUGUAAAACUUCCUCUCAUUUUAAAUAAAUGCCUUUAUUUAUUAGUCCAAAUUUGGAAAACUAUACAACAAUACUCCAGCCCUCUGUUCAGUGAUCAUUUGAUUGAAAACAAGCAUUUAUGUGUUUGAAAAAGCAGAUUUGCAUUCAACUUUUUACAUUUGAGAGUAAAUGUGAUCAUUUUCGUUUUCGUGAAAUGUGAAAGUGAUACAUUUAGUCCUGAAAUAAACUAUUUUCUCCUUUU